AUGAUACAUCUGACCUCAGGCCUGCAUCUGUUGUGUUCAGUGUUUGUGGACAGGCGUGAUGCUGCUCAUCUGCUCAGGAAUCGAAGGGCAAAUGUCUUUCUGGAGGAGAUGAAACCAGGAAAUCUGGAGCGAGAAUGUUACGAGGAGCUCUGCUCUCAGGAGGAGGCGGCUGAGAUCUUCCAGAGCCCUGAGAAAACGAUGGAGUUUUGGUACAGAUAUCGGGAUCUGAAAGUGUGCCGGUUUAAUCCAUGCCUGAAUGGAGGAAUCUGCACCGAGAGCCGCGGCACGCAUGAGUGUCUGUGUCCACCGCAGUACGGCGGCAAGAACUGCGAAACAGAGGUGUUUGACUGCAAAUAUAAGAACGGAGGUUGUCUGCACUAUUGCAGUAUUUCUGAUCAGACUUCAGGUGUCACGUGCAGCUGUGCAGAUGGUUACCAGCUAGAGGAAGAUGGGCGGAGCUGUAAGCCAUCAGUGCAGUAUCCCUGUGGAAAACAAUGGACUACUAGUGGAAUCAUGACUCGCUUCUUGGAUGAUAGAAACGCCACCGACCCAUACACUGAUCAUACAAGCCACACCCACACUAAUCACAUGACCCACAGCGACCAUACAAACCACACCCACACCCUUAAAAACUCAUCCCACUUAUUACAUCAAAACACAAGUUCGAUGGACAACUCCUCUCACCUGUCAACAAACCAAACCAGACCGACAGAUAAACCGACACUGUCUAUAUUUAACAGUUCAUGGGAUGAACUGGAUCCUUCAGGAAGUGACAUCACAGAUGUAAAUGAAGACAGGCGUGUUGUUGGAGGUCAACUGCAGGGCCAGGGUGGAAGCCCCUGGCAGGUUUUGCUUCGUCGUGCGGAUGAGUACGGCUUCUGUGGAGGUUCUUUGAUCGAGGAUCGAUGGGUCGUAACUGCAGCACACUGUCUCCAGCAAACACCAGAUCACGUGACCAUCGGCGACUAUGAUAAAAUGCGUCCAGACAAAGAUGAGCAGAAGAUCAAAGUUGAGAAAAUCGUCGUACACCCUCAUUUCCAUGAAUACACCUUCGACAGUGACAUCGCUCUGCUUUACUUGUCUCAACCGGUGACCCGGGGCCCUUACGUCAUACCCGCCUGCUUGCCCGACGCCAACCUGGCGUCACGUCUGGUCAAACCCGGGGAACAGGGUAUGGUGUCGGGCUGGGGUGCCACACACUACAUGUGGCGUUCCUCGAGGUUCCUGAGGAAAGUUCUGCUGCCGGUGGUGGAUCAGAUGAGCUGCAUCCAGUCCACAGAGCAGGUGAUCACAGAUAACAUGUUCUGCGCCGGGUAUCUGACAGCAGAGAUGGACGCAUGUACGGGGGACAGUGGCGGCCCCUUUAUAGUCAACUACAGAGGGACCUGGUUUCUGACUGGAGUUAUUAGCUGGGGCGAGAGCUGUGCUGCCGAGGGCAAAUACGGCGUUUAUACAAGACUCAGUAACUAUCUGCCCUGGAUACAGGAAGAAAUGAUGAAAGAGCAAAAACGCAAUCAGAGCGUCACAUAAAUUAUUAUAAAGCUAUGAAAUGAUGAAAGUGACCAUGUUACAGAAUAUCAGAUUUUUAUUACAAGAUUAUCAUGGCCAAAUAUAU